AUUUCCGACCUGCUGGCCGCCAUCCAAAUCAUCACCGACUUGGGCUCGGCAGCUUUCGCACAACUCGUGGAUUUGAUCCCAGAACCCAUCUUGUCCAUUCUUCAGGCUCUCUUUGAGUCGGGUCUUUUCCCUGGAAAGGCUCAUGCCGUUCGUCAAGACAUCACUGAGUGGCUCCUGGCCCUCAUCGACGUCCUCAUCCAAAUGUUCGGCGCUGAAGUGCACGACCUCUUGAUCCAGGUUGCCGCUGACCUCGGCAUCCCCGCUGCCCUCAUCGACAUCCUGUGGGACCUCGUCGUUUCCGGUGGUUUCGUCGCCCCCGCCAAGAACGCCAUUCGCCAGGACAUCAUCCAAUGGGCCAUUGACCAGCUCAUCGAAUUCGGUCUGGAGGCCGUCGUCACCAUUGCUGAGUUCUUGCCACCAGAGAUCAUCUCCAUCUUGGUCGACCUCGUCCUUGGCUUCGGUCUCGGUCACUAAAUUGCUUUCUGCACUUCGUCUCUGAAUAAAACUCUUGAAUCACUGUGAAACAAAA